AUGGAUAGUAUGUACUCAAAAUAUAUCAUUCCCAAUUAAUCAGAGAAAAAGUAGAGUUCAUCUCCGCAUUCCUAAGUAACAUUCAACAACAUACAAGUUUAUAUAUUCACUAAAAUUUCUAGUAAUUUUUAGAAGACUACACUCCCUCCCAUCGUAGGCUCAGCUUCUCCGAAGACAGGAUUCAAGAACUCAAGAAUUCUCAGUAACUUUCAAGUCAUAAUAAAUUAAGCCACGAUUUCCAAAGCGAGUUUGUCAAUUCUCAAGUAAGAAUUAUUCAAUUAAUCCUAAUAAUAGAUGAAACAAACCUAAUUAAGUAUUGAUAUCAAUAAAAAAGAAUAAUAAGAGUUUUAAGAGAUUAAAGAUGAUUAAAUCAUUUAAACUAACACCAUCAUUGAUUCACCUACUAAGAUGAAUACAGAUGAUUCUCCAAAAAAGAAUAAAUUCAAAGCCUUCGGAAAUUUACUAUUAAGUAUAAGAAGAUUAUAAUAGAACUUAGUUGAACGUAUUUCAAACAUAGAUUAAUUAAAAGAAUCCAUCAUUAAACCAUCCACUAAUACAAAUGCUUCAAAAAUACAUCCAGAUCCUUCAUCAAGAGAUAGUGAAAACAUCAAUGAAAUCCUAUCCAACUUGAAAUUAGUUGAUAGAUUCAUUUAUUAUUCCGAAUAAGGAUCAUAAAACGAUAUUCAAAAGAUGAUUAAAUUAUUAUAAAUUUAUCCUAAAAAACAUUUGUAUUGUCCCACGGACCCAAAACAUAUACUAAACUCGUUCAAUAAGUUUGGAUAGAACUCUUUAUAUAUUUCUUGCAAAAAUGGAAAUAUUGCUGUCAUUAAAUUCCUUUUAGACUAAUAAGCCAAUCCUUUUAUAAAAAGUAAGGUUUAUGAAAACUUUUAUGAAUCUCCUUUGGAAGUCUCAAUCAGAUGGAACCAUUUCGAUUGUGUCUAAUUGCUACUUGAAAAAUCUAACUAUUCAAACAAAGAAUUAAAAGCAGCCAUUCAAUAAACUUCAAAUCCUUAAAUCAAAUAACUCAUUAAAUCAAAUCUCAAAUCAGAUACUUUUUGCUGCUAUUGA